GUUUGUAACGUACAACGUGGCAUGAGGUUGUCAAAGCAUUAAAUCAUAUCACUUAGUGACAACCUGUAAAAAUAGAUUUAAUUCCCAUGUUUCGGGAGACGGGAAGGACGACGUUUAUCUCCCAAGCCGCAAGCGGCAGUGAGAUACUCCAUCUCGUCGAAGACGCAUGUACCAAGCGAUUUCUCCACAUCAUAUUGUCGGUUGCAACUGUGAAGUGAUUCGUAUCAAAAGUGAGUCGUCAUGGAUGAAAGAGGAGAGACGGUUCAUCUGCAGGCAGUUCCUGACUCCGUCGAGAGCUCGUCGCCAUUGCCCGCCAAAGAGGAUACCGAUGAGGACUACGACCCGCACGAGCAUAGACAGUUGGCAAAACCAACAAACAACGCGGAGACGUUGAUUCAUCUGCUGAAGUGUAGUUUGGGGACUGGCAUCCUAGCGAUGCCGCAGGCCUUCGCCCGAGCUGGUCUCGUCACUGGCAUCUUAGCCACUGUGAUAGUUGGAGUCAUAGUCACGCACUGUCUUCACGUUUUGGUGAGGUCUCAAUACCAAGCCUGCAAGCGUCUCCGGGUGCCUCUGUUGACGUAUCCCGAGUCUAUGUCGACAGCGUUAGGCUGCGGGCCGGAUUUCCUUCGUAAGUUCGCGCGGCCCUCCGCCCUCGCCGUGGACAUCUUCCUCGUGGUCUACCAGCUGGGAAUCUGCUGCGUCUACAUUGUGUUCAUCGCAGACAAUAUAAAGAGAGUUUGCGAUCCAUAUUACAACAUGGCGGUGGAGUUGCAUAUGCUGAUAAUUCUGCUGCCAUUGAUAGCCUUCAACCUUAUCCCGAGCCUUAAGCUGUUGGCGCCUUUCUCCGCCCUGGCCAAUGUCAUGACCUUUGUUGGUUUGGGUAUUGUGGUGUACUACCUGCUUUCUGGCGAGAAGAAGUCAGAUUCACCCCUGGACCUGUGGGGAUCUACAGCGACUUUUCCGCUGUUCUUCGGAACUAUACUUUUUGCCCUCACCGCCGUCGGUGUGGUGAUAACGGUGGAAAACAACAUGAAGACCCCCAAAUCCUUCGGCACUCCUUGCGGCGUGAUGAAUACAGGAAUGUUCAUUAUUGUGCUGCUGUAUGUGGCGGUAGGGGCAUUGGGAUACGUAUUCUGCGUGGACAAGUGCAGCGACUCCAUAACACUGGAUCUGCCUCAGAACAGCCCACUGGCGACCAGCGCUAUAGUAAUGUUCGCGGUGGCAAUUUUCAUCAGCUACGGCCUCCACUGCUACGUUCCUGUGGAGGUGCUAUGGAAGGGAUACGUCCUGCCUCGCGUUGAACGCUCAGCACCAAACAAAACACGAUUCUAUGAAUACGCUCUCAGAGUAUCUCUUUGUUUGCUCACAUUCGUGCUGGCGGUGGCGGUGCCACGUCUCGGCUUGUUCAUAUCACUUUUCGGAGCUCUCUGUCUGUCGGCGCUCGGGAUAUGUUUUCCAGCUUUGAUGGAAGUCUGUCUCAGCUUCCCGCAGCGAGCCAGCAGAUCCAGGAGCCUGCUGUUCACUAAGGACGUCAUCCUCUUCAUAAUCGGCAUCGUGGGUCUCAUAGCGGGGACCUAUACAGCUCUACAUAGCAUCGUCCGCUCUUUCACAUAGACACUACGAUUAAACUGACUCCCACGCCCAAAGUCGAUUUAUUUAUUUAAAGUAUUUAUAAAUAUUUAUCUAUUAUAUUGUUACGUUUAUUUAAGUUUUUGAAAGAAAUGGUUGUGUGUUUAUAUUAUUCGCUUAUAUCCCUGGAUACUGUACGUGGAGUAGAUAUGGUCACGUGCCUCCAGCUGUCAACCGCAACAGUGAGAUGCGAGAUCAAAGUAUAAUAGUUAUAAAUGCAUGAAAACAUAGAAGAAAUAUUGUUAGUUGAAUAAAUUUUAUCACGUUUGUAGUUAUUUAUUUGAAAUAAAAUUGUUUGCGAGGAAUUGAUUGAGGAUGGCUGUGCGGUUAAAUUAUGAAUUAUAAAUUUUAAACAGUUGAAGUUGUAUUUGGACAGGACAUCGGAUACACGGUUAUGGAUGGUACAAAAUAAUAUACCGACCAAUAUAACAAAUAGCAAACUAUUAUAUCGUGAGCAAAUUAAUAUCUGAUGCCAGCGUUUUUGUGGGACGUAUUUUUAUAUUGUGAUGCGUUGUUUGUGAAGCGUCGCGUUUGUUGUGUUUCAAGUUAUAAUUUUUUAAAUUAAAUAAUACAUCAAA